UCAUAAACAGCUGUGGCGAAUGAAUCUCCAGGUUUUAUAUUCUACGUUUACUCUCCAUCGCGUUACCCCGCAGUUACAUGAACAUCGUCUCCAGCCUUUGUGAAUUUUCUGACUGUUUUGAUUUAAUUUUCAGUUUUCUUUCGACUCCGUGGGUCUGUGUGACUCCGCCCUCACAUUCCUGUGUGUCUGGGCUGCGAGGAGGAGCAGCAGGAGCAGAGAAAAGCGACGGGAGGCUGCUGGGAUCUGCCUGUGGACCCUGACCCAGAGAGGAUGAUAAACAACAACAACAACAACACCCAGCUUCAGUGUGGCUGCUGCGGCUUUCUGAUUUAACGCGCAUCCACCUUCUGAGUCUCAUCCACCCGGACGCGUCUUCAUCCUUUUACUGCUUUUUCUCCGCAACUUGUUGGGAACUUUUGUCUUGUUGUUUUGCUGGAGCUGGAGUUCAGUUUCCAGCCGGACUGCAGAGCAACAAAACUCCGCUGUGCUUCUGGACCAGAAAACAAAACCACCAAGCGUCCGCAAGGCCCCGGAGACUGAGACAGUCCGUGCCGAGGAAGUCAUGGAAAUUCUGGACAGUCCUGAGCCGUUCCUGCACUGGGACCGGAACCUCAGCGAGCUGUCCGAGGCCGGGGAAAUCGACUGUGUCCUGUACACUAAUCACUUCUCCGAGCUCCUGGACGACCUCUCCCAGGAUGCUUUGCUGGGCCAGCUGCUCAGCGACCCCUUCCUGUCCGGAGUGAGAGGCGGCGUGGAAGCCAUGGAGGGGGAGGACGGAGGCGACCUGUCCCCGUCCUCCCCUCUUCCCCCGCACAUCACGGCCGAGCACAGCUACUCGCUCUGCGGCGACAGCCGACCACAGUCGCCCCUGUCGCACCUGGCCGGAGAGCAAGGCAGCGAAGCAGCAGAGUCCGACAGGGAUUCAUCCGAGUGGCCCAUGGAGCAGGACGAGGCCAUUGACAGCCUCCUGUGUGAGACUCCUUCCCUGCUGCCCACCCUCUCCCUCUCUCUGGCCUCAGGGCCCCAAGCACCAGAGGGCCCCGCGGUGGCCCCCGCUGACCCCGCCAGCCCAGCUCAGACCACAACCAACAGCCACACCCAGGGCAAAGGCAUCAAGAUAAAAGAGGAGAACAUCAUCCCCCAGAUUAAACUGGAGCCUCAUGAAGUGGACCAGUUUCUCAAUCUGUCACCAAAAGGUCUGGAGUCUCUGCAGAUGCCUCCCACUCCUCCCAGCUCCCACGGCAGCGACUCAGAGGGCAGCCAGAGCCCCGUCCACGCUCCGCCCGGCCUGUCCUGCCCCACCUCCCCCACCAGCCCUCCUCCAUCCCAGGCCAGCCUGAAGGUGUCGCCCCGCGCCGCUUCCUGCCUCUCCAACUCCCCUCUGCUCACCGCCCCUCACAAGCUGCAGGGAUCGGGCCCAUUGAUGCUGACCGAAGAGGAGCGGCGUACGCUGGUCGCCGAAGGCUACCCAGUUCCCACCAAGCUGCCGCUCACCAAAGCCGAGGAGAAGGCGCUGAAGAAGAUCCGCAGGAAGAUCAAAAAUAAGAUUUCAGCUCAGGAAAGUCGCAGGAAGAAGAAAGAGUACAUGGACACUCUGGAGAAGAAGGUGGAGAACAGCUCCAACGAAAACAACGAGCUGCGCAGGAAAGUGGAAACUCUGGAGUGUACAAACAAGUCUCUGUUACAGCAGCUGCAGUCUCUGCAGGCGCUGGUAGCAGGAAAAGUCCCAAAGUCCUGCAGGGUGGCUGGCACCCAGACAUCAUCAUGCCUAAUGGUGGUCGUCUUGUGUUUCGCUCUGUUUUUGGGGAGCUUCUACCCCGGCAGUCUGACUCCGUGCUCCACCAUCACUGAAACUGGCCUCGCCUCCAAACAGCUGGCUGCCAAAGAGUCCUACACAGCCACAGUCAAGUCGAGGAAUCUGUUAUCAGUCUUCGAAGACGAGCAGCCACACUUCCUCGGCCUGGGCGGAGAGUAUCCCGAUCAGUUGGAGGACACGCCAGCCGUCGUCAUGGCAGCGUGGCGUCGCUCAGAGCAACAGAAGCUGGGGUUGGAACCCAGCAGGGUGGAGACACACCCACCUUUCAGGAAUAAAAGCAAUGACACGCAGACGUCAAAAAACCUGCUGCUGGACAUGCACAGGUCUCUGGAGCAGAGGGCGAAUGAGAGCAGUAGUAAAGUGAUAGAGCUGGAGCGAACGGUCAACGAGACCUCCUGAGGCUCACGUCAACAACCCCCACCCUGCCCCACCUCACCUCACCUCACCUCACCUAAACCCUACGAUGACCUUUGACCUUCCUCCAUCUGGAGCAGGGUUCAGUGUCCUGGAGCAAACCUCAUACAGUAGUUCCCACUGCUGAUUGCAAGGUCAUUCUUUCUGCCAUCUUUGCUUCAUCAGAUACACUGUAAUAAUAAUAAUAAUAAUAAUAACAAUAAUAAUAUUAAUAAAAUGAAAUACAUAAAGGGGCACUGGUUGCCUUAAUUUCUGAAGUAAAGUUGCACUGAAUCAUUUUUACAUGAGUCAACUUACCAGUUGUUUCUGUUGUCUGAACUGACUCGGCUUGAAACACUGUUAAAAAAUCACAUUGAGAUAAAUUCAAACAGAAUACGUGGCAUUUAUUCCAGUGGAACGUAUAUUAAAAUAUGACAUGUGAGGCUUUUUACAGGACACUGAUGGAGAACCUUUGUAUUUAUAGAAACUUUUUUUUGUUUUAAAAAAAAUAUUGCCCUUUUUAGUUGUAUUUCUUUUAAUAUUAAAUGUUUUUAUUUCAUUCCAGUGAUGCAUACAUCCCAUUUUGAUACUUGUUUGUGUUCAUAUUGUUUUUUUUUUAUUGUACUCUUUUAUAUAUUGUUCAUUUUUUUCUUCAUCUGACUAACGUUUCAAACAUCGAGGUUCCUGCGCUCAUUUGGAAAAUCUGAGAAGCUUCAAAAUCUCUUUUUGUCAAAAAGUUCAUAGAUUGGCUGGAAAUGAAUUGAAAAAUGUAAUUUUGAUGCAUGUAAUGCAGAGCAGCUCAUUUCCUGUAGCUGAAGACUGAAUGUCACAUGUACAAAGACACCUAAAAACAUUAGUUUUUUUUGUUUACAGGAAUUUUAACAUAAAUAUGAUUUUCAUUUUUCCAAAAGCAAGACUUUUCUUCCACAGAUGUUCACAUAUUGUCAUGUGGAUCAAUAUUUGACUUGGUUGCUCUUGUUGUGUUCAGUCAAACAUCAAACUACACCUCAAAAUAACUAUUAUGUCCUGUAACGUUGUCUUUCCUUUAAUGAAUAGUUUGACAUUAAAGGAAAUACACUUAUUUGCUUUUUUCGGAGAGUUAGAUGAGAUGAUCGCUACCAGUUUCACAUCUGUACGAAGCUGCAGCUACAGGAGAAACAGCUGGCUCUGUCCAAAGGUAGAAAAACACCUACGAGCAUCUCUAACACUCAACAAUUAACUAAUCAGAUUUAACAUAUUCAUUAAUCAUCUUAAGAGGUGCUGGUAGGCAGAUUUUGCUACCUUAGACAGAGCCAGGCUAGCUUGUUUCCCCUGUUUCCAGUCUUUGUGCUAAGCUAAGCUAACCGCCUAGCUCAUACAGACAUUGUUACAGAGAGUGGUGUUGAAUAAGUGUAUUUCCCCAAAAGUCAAACGCUGUCUGUUUAAACUGUGUGACGGAACCACAGAAUCAACUUGCUGCACUAACUUUUACUUUGGCCUUAAAUCCUGCGUCGCUUUUGCCUGAAACGCUCUCACCGUCACCUCCAACAGUCGUCGUGUGAUCUCUCAGCAUUUGCCAAAAAACUUUCUUCCCAGAAAUGAAAAAAAAAAAGAAUCUAUUUUUGUAAAUAUAAGUUGUUAAUAAAUAAGGAAAGUUAAAUCUGUCUGGGAUCUGCAGUUUAUAAACCAAUUCAUGAUUCAUUCUGAGGCUAUUUUGGAUUCUGUGUUGCUGAUAAAUUAUGAACGUACGAUGCCUUCACUUCACGUUUGUCCUGACUUCCUGUUGGGUUUUACUACAGACCGUGGCUUUAAAAGUCUUACUUGUCUAUUUCAAGUGUGUUACAGAUGGGUUUUUACAUUUCUGAGCUUUACUGAAACGUGUGUGUUACAGAUCUCUUAAACCAGGUGGGAUGUCAGUUCACUUCCUGUACAUCCAUGCUGUAAAUAGAAACACCCCAUUUGUUCAAAACUUACUCUCGCGCUGUCCAAGUUGAAGUUAAUUAAUCCCAGAAAUACAACAAAUUGUAUUGGAUGAAUCAAUCUGGCAACAGAAAUCGAUCUCAGUCCUGUUCAGAGAUGAGAAAACAAGUUUUGUGUGUCUGUGUCUCACAUUUUGAGCUUUGUACAUCAGUGGCUAGAUCAUCAAAGAUUUAUUGUUAAAUCUGUGUGUACUGUAGUUAGGAGGUAGCCAGAACUACAGUCCUCACUGCCGAGUCGACCACGGUUCUACAGGAUGUUUUCAUGUUUUUAAACUUUUAUGAACAAGUUCUCUUGUAGUUGAGACUGAAACUAGCAGCCAGUGGAGAGUGUUCCUCCCAAUCAGACCUCACCUCCAUGUUGCUCCUGUUUAAAUCCACCCUGACUUAGGCUUUCUGUCUUCUCUCUUUAAAAUGAAUAAAGUAUUUUCCUUAGUA